AUGUCAUUCAGAUUUGGCCAACAUCUCAUUAAGCCCUCUGUGGUCUUUCUUAAAACAGAACUGUCCUUCGCUCUUGUGAACAGGAAACCUGUGGUGCCGGGACAUGUCCUUGUGUGCCCACUGCGGUCAGUGGAACGCUUCUGUGACCUGCGUCCGGAGGAAGUGGCUGAUUUGUUUCUGGCAACCCAGAGAGUUGGGACAGUGGUGGAGAAGCAUUUCCAGGGGACCUCUCUCACCUUUUCCAUGCAGGACGGCCCUGAAGCUGGACAGACUGUGAGGCACGUGCACGUCCACGUGCUUCCCAGGAAGGCUGGAGACUUCAGCAGGAAUGACAGAAUCUAUGACGAGCUCCAGAAACAUGACAGAGUGGGGGAGGACUCCCCGGCCUCUUGGCGAUCAGAGGAGGAAAUGGCAGCAGAAGCUGAAGCUCUGCGGGUCUACUUUCAGUGACACAGUAACUCAAACAAAUCUCAAAGCAUAAGGAAAUGGGCCUCACUCUCGAGGACUCUGCAGCAUUGGAAAUGAAGCUAAGCAGACUUCAUUACAACUUAGAAUUUUGCAGCCUUUUAGGAAGGAUUUUAUUACACCUGUGGAAGCCACUGGGUUGUGAUUCAGUUAUGAUGACACAAGCUGACUCAAACCCGUGGCCACAGCCCUUCCACCUCUUUGUUGAUUAUAUACUUAGGGUAAAACUUUUCUUAAAUUGUCCCUUGGCCUGGAUAGAAAUAAAAUAGUAGUUAAAAUUUUUUUUAAAAAAACUGAAUCAUGGACAGUACUGAAAAAACCUUUUUACUUACAGCCUUCUCCAGUUUGCAUAAAAGUAGUAAUGAAAUAGUUAAAUGGCCUUAGUGUAUUUAAACUUCCUUAAUGCACUCCAUCAUUCAUACAGUUGAAUAUGAGCUCUGUUGUGGGCACCUCUGACGAAUCUGCAAAGGAAGCCAGACUGCUGUGUCCAAGGACUUGAGCCUCACAGAACUGGAAGGCAGGUGUGGAGCUGGAGGUGCAGCACUGAGCACCUGGGACAAGUGGCAACCCCACCCAGG